GCUGCAGUCCCGCCCGCCCCAGCUCCUAGUUCCUCCCUCGCUGCCCCGGGCCAGAACGACCUUGUUUUGCUUUUCGGGCUCGGGAGAGAGGUACUUUAUUUAUGGGAAAGAGAUUACAGACCUGAGUAUUGCAGGUGCUGAGAUGUAAGAAGACUGCCAUAGAGUUGCAGACAACAAUCUUUGGCCUCCCUAAUCACAUGAGUGUUGUCAAUGCCAGCCAGACAGCACAUGUGGCUGGUGGCUGUCAUUACUGGAAGGUGGAGGGAGCUAUGACCCAAAUGUAAUUGAAAGGGAAAUAUUUUAGUUUUGGAAGUCAGAAUGCCAAGAAAAAAGAAAACUCUUGGGGGAAAUCCUUUGCGGAAGACUGCAAACUCUAAGAAAACUGUCGUAUCCCGUGCUGCUAGUCAUGAGGAGGCAAGCACUGCCCUUCCUUCCGUGUGUGAGACAAAAGUUGAUCAGGAGGAGCUCUUCACCAGUAUCUCAGAGGUGUUUUCUGCUCUGGAUCCCGAUGUAGUUUAUUUGAUGCUUUCUGAGUGUGAUUUUAAAGUUGACAAUGCCAUGGAUUGUCUGUUAGAAUUAUCUGCCACUGACGCCAAGGGGGCAGAGUCGUCCGCACAGACUUCUGUUGAUCGUGACAGCAAGCCCGGCACAGCAGGAAACACAGUAAUGGAGCCGUGCCGUCCCGAAGGCGAGAGUGAAGAUUCCAGGCUGGAUUCAUUUUUGGAUAUGCAGCUAACUGAGGACUUGGAUUCCUUAAUACAGAACGCUUUUGAGAAAUUAAACUCUCCUCCUGAUGACCAAGUAUACCCAUUCUCUCCUCUGCAAGAUGCUAAUAGUUUUAAUGACCCUUCCUCCUUUAUGAAUUCAGAUUCAAGUGGUAUGACUUCUCUUCUUUCUGUACAAAGCAUGAGCUCAAACAGCGAAAUUCUCAAGAGUUCUGCUUCUUUACUAGGUUCAAACCCACAGACGUCACAUUCAGUUUCGAAUACGCCUGAGAGUUGUGCACAGAGCGGCACACUGGCAUUGGAAGGGGGCCGCCCAGAAGACUCUCCUCUCAGUAGCUCUAGAAAUCCAACGAAUGGCUCUGUUAGGGGGUGUGGCAAUUCUAGCCAAAGACAGAAAGAUCACUCAGAAUCUGAGUGUCCUAGUGCGCAGCAUUCUCAAGCCCUUGCAGAUUUGGGCAACAGUGAACCUCAGGUUCCUUCAAACCGCCCUCUGCACAAUUCAGGGUCUGACUUACCAGGAACAGAUGGGGAUCAGAAGUCUGCUUCUGCGCCUGACGUUUUUGUGCCCUCUGAAGGGUUCAAUUUCAAGCCUCACAAACAUCCUGAACUGCCACCAAAGGGGAAGGAUAUGAAUUACUGCCCGGUGCUCACCCCUCUCCCCUUACUCCUUCCGCCCCCACCCCCACCACCGAUCUGGAACCCAAUGAUCCCUGCUUUUGAUCUCUUUCAAGGAAACCAUGGCUUUGUAGCCCCUGUGGUGACCACAGCUGCUCACUGGAGACCUGUGAACUACACGUUCCCACCCUCCAUCAUCUCCCACAACUCUCCAAGCAAAGUGUGGAGAGGCAGUGAGGGAGCAAGCGCUUACCAGGUGCAGGAGGCCCCAGCUUCACAGCCUGCGAGGAAGAAGACCACCUCCUUCGUCGGCUUAGUUCUUGUCCUUCUCAGAGGGCUGCCGGGCUCAGGGAAAUCCUUUCUGGCAAGGACUUUGCAAGAGGAUAACCCAGGUGGCGUCAUUCUCAGCACUGAUGACUACUUUUAUAUAAACGGACAGUACCAGUUUGAUGUGAAGUACUUAGGGGAAGCCCACGAGUGGAACCAGAAUCGAGGUAAGAGCGGCUGCAAGGGUCUGCGCACUGCUUCUCAAAAGCAUAAAUAUAAGGUCCUUUUCCGGGAGCCAGACACAUGGUGGAAGUUCAAGCCGAAGGAGCUUGCGAGACGUAAUAUCCAUGGAGUGAGCAAAGAGAAGAUAUCAAGAAUGCUGGAGCACUAUCAGCGCUUUGUCUCUGUGCCGAUAAUCAUGAGCUCUUCCGAUCCAGAGAAAACCGAGCGCAUCGAGUUGUGUGCAUACGCUUCUGACGACAGGAAUUCUAGCCUAAGAGACAGUGAAGCUAUUAGCUCUGCAAAAGAAGACAGUGUCUCAUCUGUGUCUCCGAAGCACUUAGAGUUAACGGAAGAGAAGACCCUUGAGGUGACCACACAAGCAGUGUCACCUGCGCGUGAUCCCCAGCUCCCUUGUCCUGGUUUAAACAGAGGAAGAAAGGAGUUGGGUGACGUGAGUCAUGGUGGUCAUAGCCCCUUCUUUCAGGAAGCCCCGAGAACCUAUUUUCCUAACCCUGAAAGCAAAGGUCAAGCCACAGAUAGAAGUGAGAAAGAACAAGAGACGAUGUCUGAAAAAGAUCAUUCUGAAGCAGAUGCAUGGAGUGCUGCGGAGGGAGCAUCAUCAGAUGGGUACUGCGCUGAGGAUAGUCAAGAAGCCUGCGAGUGUGCAAGUGCAGCCACACUUCCAAGUGAAACCUCCUCACCUCCUGAGAUACUGGAAGAAAGAACAGCAGGAAAGAAAAAGACCAUUGGAAAACAAAAAGGCAAGUCAUCUUUGGAAAAAAUCCCCAAACAAGAGCAAUCAAAUUUUGUUGGUGACUGGCCAGUUGAUAAGACAAUUAGCCAGAGAACCAAAAGGAACCGGAAAACUGAAAAAGGUUUAUCUGUACAAAGUGACAAAAAAUGUAACCACCAGCAGUCCCACAAAGUAUUAGAUACUAGGGUAUCUGUGAAUACAGAUCCUGUCCAGCCCCAAGGAUCUUCACAUGGAAACGCUGAUCUUUCAGAAGUGCCCAGUAGCUAUCACUAUGAUCCUUACAGAAGUACCGAGCAAACCUCAGUCAGCGCUGUGAGCGACUGGCCUUCCUCUGCUUCAUUAGCUCCGAGAGAGCACAGACCGAGAAUGCCAAAAACUGACUUAAGUGAACCCAGCAUAGAAUUUGGAACUAAUGACAACCUGGGUGAAAUACCCUUAUAUCCAGCACAUGAGGCCUACUGGGGGACAAGUCCUGAAGAACUGAAGACGCUGAGUUCCAACCUUCGAAGUUCUGAAGUGCUGCCCAGUCAAACAGCUCCUGAGCAUCAUCCAACCUCCCUGAGUCCAGUGGCUCACAGCCAGCACGCGCUGUCCCUUACAUUCUCUGGCAGUGCAGCAACUCUUCCUGGAGUAGUGGGGCCCCGGUCUCUAACAGAAUUUCCAUUGGGGGUGUCUGGAAUUGUCUCUGGAAUAGAUACAGGCACUUGUACUCAGACUGAGCCCCAAGAUUUUGCUCUCUUGUGGAAAAUAGAAAAGAAUAAAAUCAAUGUUUCAGAUUCUGUCAGAGUGUUGACAGGAAGAUUAGAUGGGUUUAAGCCCAAAGAUUUCACUCUUAAUAGAAAAUUAAAUGUUCAAGAAACAAUUCCAUACAGAGUAAUGCAUGAUAAAAGUACAUUCGUUGAAGAAAGUGAGCUUACCAGUGCUGAUGAAUCUGAAAAUCUUAACAUCCUUUGCAAACUAUUUGGAUCCUUUUCCUUAGAAGCCCUGAAAGAUUUAUAUGAGAGAUGUAAUAAAGACAUUAUUUGGGCCACAAGCCUCUUGUUGGAUUCUGAGACUAAACUGUGCGAGGACACUGCGGUUGAGAGCUCCCCCAAGUCAUACAGCGAGUCACAGGUUGGGCCAUUUUCUAUGGGCUUGGACCUGAAGGAAAUUAUUAGCCACAGGGGAACCUCAGAAGGUUCUAAUUCUUCUGUAUCAGAAUUUAGUCCUGGAAUUAGUAUCCAGAACACCAGUGCACAGUCUGCUGGUAACCCAGAAAAGGGGACCUCAGAGCAGGAAGGGAUAAGAGCUAUAAAUCCUGAUCACCCUGAAUUAAUAACCAGAGUAUUCCCCAAUGCUGCUGUAAACGUCACGAGUAAUAAUGAAGCAGUGUCUGACCGUCAGACUGGACUGUCAGGUGCAUACACCUUUAAGCAGCCUCUUUCACUUACUCCACGAUCUUAUAUCCCUAAAGAUGUUAGUGAGAUAGAAAAAAAUCUAGUAGUGACAGAGACUAGAGACAAUAUUCAUUCAUUUCUAAAUUUAUCUGAUAUUAUAAACUCUGCAACAAGCACUUCAGAUCCUGAAUUAAAUGAAGAUGUUUAUCUUACUGGCUCUUUGGAAGUAAAGAAAAAUGAAAAUCUUCCUAAGGAUUAUGUGAAAUUUGCAAACAUGGAAGAAUUUAUCAGUGAAGAUAAGCAGGAAAUGGAGAAAAAUCUAAUGCCAGGAAGUGGUUGGUCAGCAGGAGUUAGUGAAGAGGAUAAAACUGAGGUAUUGACUCCUGCUCCAGUGACAGCCACAUCUCUGACCAUAGACUGUCUGGAGCUGGCAUUACCCCCUGAGCUGGCUUUCCAACUUAAUGAGCUAUUUGGCCCAGUUGGUAUUGAUUCAGGGUCUCUAACAGUUGAGGACUGUGUGGUUCAUAUAGAUCUGAAUCUGGCUAAAGUGAUUCAUGAGAAAUGGAGAGAAUCUGUAAUGGAGCGACAGAGACAGGAGGAGGUUUCUCGAGGCAAGCACAUGCAAGAUCCUUUGCUGGCUGGACACACUGGUCUUGAUAAUUUUGAACAAAAAUCAUCUCAGAAAACAGGCAAAAGGUUAUUGAAGACUUUAACAGCACCUGAGACCCUGGAUCACUGGAACACUCAAACAAAAAAAGUUUCACUACGAGAAAUAAUGUCAGAAGAAAUUGCCUUACAGGAGAAACAUGACUUGAAAAGGGAGACAUUUAUGUUUGAAAAAGAUUGUGCCACAAAACUAAAGGAAAAGCAGCUCUUUAAAAUAUUUCCAGCCAUUAAUCAAAAUUUCCUGGUGGACAUUUUCAAAGAUCACAACUAUUCACUGGAAAACACUGUACAGUUUCUAAACUGUGUUCUUGAAGGAGACCCUGUGAAAACAGUUGUAGCUCAAGAGUGUGUUCACCAAAAUGAGAAUAGCACUUCUCAUACUGCACAGAAGUCAAAAGAGAAAAAGGCAAAGAAACCGAAAGAGGCUGAGGACAGCCUGAGUGACCCAUCUUUCCAGGAUUUUGAGUACCCUGAGUAUGAUGACUACAGGGCAGAAGCUUUCUUGCACCAGCAGAAGAGGAUGGAGUGCUACAGCAAGGCCAAGGAAGCCUACCGCAUGGGGAAGAAGAACGUGGCCACCUUCUACGCCCAGCAGGGAGGUCUUCAUGAGCAGAAGAUGAGAGAAGCCAAUCACCUUGCUGCUGUGGAGAUCUUUGAGAAAGUCAACGCCUCUCUGCUACCGCAGAAUGUCUUAGACCUCCAUGGGCUGCAUGUGGAUGAAGCUAUAGAACAUUUGACAGCAGUUCUACAGCAGAAAACAGAAGAAUUUAAGCAGAGUGGUGGUAAGCCCUAUCUGUCGGUGAUCACUGGGAGAGGAAAUCAUAGCCAGGGAGGCGUUGCUCGGAUCAAACCAGCUGUCAUUAAAUACCUCACAAGCCACAGCUUCAGGUUCUCUGAAAUUAAACCAGGGUGCUUGAAAGUCAUGCUAAAGUGAAACUUACAGCCCUGGACUUUGAAGCGUGAGGUUUGUGGGCUGAUGUUGGUUUUACGUGUAGUAAUUCAGUCAGUUCGAUUUUCAAAUGUAUUUUAUUAGGAAUGUAAAACAAGAAAAAUGUUUUUCAGAAUCCAGUUUUUUUUUUUACUUGAUCAAAUGCCAGUUCGUUACUUGUUGAAACAUUAAAGGGAAUUUUUAUUAAUUACAAAAUGUCUAAAAAAAUUA